AGUCCGGCAGCGGGGACCAUCUGCAGGUAGUUUAGCGUUUAGGUCCCCCAAUUGCGCACGCAGCGGGGACCAGCUCCCCCGGUCAGUGGUCUAUCUCUACGGUAUAAGUGUCCCUUCCCGUCCCUCCUCUCCAACCUUUCCCUUUCUCUGCCUCUGUAUUCUUUGAUUAUCAGAGAAACAACAAUCAUGUUCAAUCUUCGUCGCCUUUUCGUGUCGGCCCUGGUCCUUGGGCUCGGCCUCCUCUUCCUCGCCCAGACAGCUGAGGCUGCCAAGGGCCCCAAGAUCACCCACAAAGUCUUCUUCGACAUUGAGCAGGGUGACCAGAAGCUCGGCCGUGUCGUUAUGGGCCUCUACGGCAAGACUGUCCCCGAGACAGCUGAGAACUUCCGCGCUCUGGCUACUGGCGAGAAGGGCUUUGGUUAUGAGGGUUCUGCUUUCCACCGUGUCAUCAAGAACUUUAUGAUCCAGGGCGGUGACUUCACCAAGGGUGACGGCACUGGUGGCAAGUCCAUCUACGGUGACCGCUUCAAGGAUGAGAACUUCAAGCUCAAGCACACCAAGAAGGGUCUUCUCUCCAUGGCCAACGCCGGUCGCGACACCAACGGCUCCCAGUUCUUCAUCACCACCGUUGUCACCUCGUGGCUCGAUGGCAAGCACGUCGUCUUCGGUGAGGUCCUUGAGGGCUACGACAUCAUCGAGAAGAUCGAGAACACCAAGACUGGCAGUGCCGACCGACCCGUCGAGGCGGUCAAGAUCGCCAAGAGCGGCGAGCUUGAUGUCCCCCCUGAAGACCUUUACGGCACAUCUGAAUUCGCUGCGGAGGAGGUUUCGGCUGGUUGGUCUCCUCUCCAGAAGGCUGGCCUCUUUGCCGUUGUUGCUGGUCUUGUCUUUGUUGGACUUCGCCACGCCCGUCAGCGCUCUCGAUUCUAAGCGACUCGAGACUCAGUAUUCAAUAAGAGACAAUACAACACCGACCAUAUCAAGACCAAAUGUGUGUUUCGAUCUUUACCGACUACUACUCGUCCCUUUCAAUUGUAGAAUUAUAGCCUAAAUUUACGGUGAAUUAGCAUUA